AUGGCAUCACCAAGGACAGCAGAAUACGUGGUUGUUCUUCUGGUUGUAUGCACCAGUCUGGAGAGUCAGGGAUACAUGCAGUGUCUGGAUGUCUUUUCUCAGUUUUUGAACAGCAAUUCACUGCCAGGAUUCUUGGACCACCUCAGCAACGUCACGAUCAACUUCACUACAGAAGUUACUGAAUCUCCUGCAUCCAUUACUGCCAUUGUUGGCAUCCUCAACAACAUAGCCAACACAUCUUCAUUAACAAAUAUCACAAUAAGUAGGACUACAAUGGAGGAUGUUCUGUUGACUGCAGGCAUUCUCACUAUAGACCAGGCAAAGAAAUCAUGGGACUUUCUAAAUGCCAACGACACCAGAAACAGCUCAUCAACAAGAAGGAACAGUCCCCCAGCUGAAAGUGUCAGCUCAAUAUUAUUGCAGUCUCUUGAGACGAUAACACGACGCCUUACCAAUGACACAUUCAACAUUGAGACGCCUUCCAUUCUGUUGAACAAAACUACCUUCAACAACACGUUUAAUGCUGACCUUAAUUCAUCAGUGGAGAUAAACAUAACAGAGCCUGAUGGAGGAAAUGCAUCAAUCACUGUGUUAACAUUUGAGUCAAAGCAUAAUGUACUUCCUGCAAGACAUGAAACCAACUCAUCUCUUAACAUUAUCAACGGCAGAGUUGUACUUGUUCAGUCAAAUACCAACAUCAGUAACAUUUCUUUCGUGUUUGACAUUAGAAACAACAGCUUGGUGGAUCCAAAGUGUGUUUUCUGGAACUUCAGCCUCUUUAAUGGUCUUGGAGGGUGGGACGAUGAGGGCUGCAUGUUGGGACCCAACAACGACAAUAAAACUGUCACCUGCAACUGCAAACACCUGACCUCGUUCUCCAUCCUGAUGUCUCCCUACAGUCGAGAUGACCCUGGAUUGGACUAUGUAACCUACAUUGGAGUUGGAAUAUCCAUGGCAUCCUUGGUCAUAUGUCUCAUCAUUGAAGCUGUCAUUUGGAGAAAAAUAAGGAAGAACAACACAUCCUACUUACGUCACGUCUCCAUUGUUAACAUCGCUGUAUCCCUCCUUACCGCAAAUAUUUGGUUUAUCAUUGGGGCAGCCAUUUCUGAUGCAGAGGAGAAAAACCCACCAGCUUGCUCUGCAGCUACCUUUUUUAUCCAUUUUUUCUACCUAGCCCUGUUCUUCUGGAUGCUAGCCUCAGCUUUGCUGUUGCUCUACCGUGCAGUCAGUGUAUUUGAAGGGGGGUUGUCUAAAAGAUCCAUGUUGGCUAUUGGAUUCUGUCUAGGCUAUGGGGCACCUCUCAUCAUUGCAACCAUAACCAUAGCUGUAACUGCACCCGAAGGAACAUACAUUCGAGAUUCUGGGGUCUGCUGGCUCAACUGGGAACCGUCCAGGGCUCUACUAGCAUUUGUGAUCCCUGCACUGUUAAUAGUGGUGAUAAACUUCAUGAUCCUGCUUGUGGUGAUGUACAAAAUUUUGAGGAGAAGGGUCGCAGGGGACGCUACACAAGCAGGUGAGAAGCAUGCUCUUGUGGUCAUUGCCAGGAGUUUGGCUGUGCUCACACCAUUUUUUGGAUUAACUUGGAGUCUGGGAGUCGGAACUAUGGUUGCCCCAAACAAUACUGCAAUCCAUUAUUCAUUUGCAUUCUUCAACUCACUGCAGGUAAAAAUUCAGUUCAUAUACUUAUACUCAGUAUAUGCUUAUACUCUCGUACUGCAGUACUGACUAAUGUUUAAUGCACUGUAAAUGAUUAGUUUGCCUUAUGUGAUUGGCUGAUUGUGUGAUUAGAAUACCCUCUUAGCUGACAUUUCUCUAUGUGUCUUUAUAAAGGGUUUUUUCAUAUUGAUGUUUGGAACAGUUGUGGACAAAAAGGUGCGGUCAGAAUUAGCAAAAAAGUCACAAACUUCCAGAAGUUCCACUUCAACUCAAUUUGGGACGAGGAGCACCAGUGGAGGGACCUCAUCAAGUGGACCAGGAUUUUUGUGAAACAGGAAAUGAGGAAGAGUUUUUCAGAUGGUGACAACGUGCUAUCUGCUGCAUCCAGUGAAUUUCACCCUUACUGACACUUGAUUAUUUCUGCAACCAGUUCUGGCCACUUGGAAUGACAAUUAUUCAUGCA